AUGAUAAUUGAUGGAGAAAAGUAUGCUUGCGAGGCUUGCGUCCGCGGCCACCGCCCUCCGGCUGGAUGUAACUUCCAGUACUCGUCCAUGGACAUGUCUCCAAGCUUCGCUCUGUUCCCCGUUGCUGACCACAACCCUUCGAUAGAUCGCCCACUUCAGCAUAUCAACAAAAAGGGUCGACCAGUUUCCCAAUGCGCUCACUGUCGCGCCAUGCGCAAGUCGCGCUCUGCUCACGUCAAGUGUGACUGCGGCGAGAAGACAAGUAAAUGUGCUCACUUGCAGCCAGCCGUUGAGGGGCACACGGAGACAUGUUGCUGCAACCAUGGUGGCCAUUGCAGCUGCUCCCACAAGAACGAGCCUGCUCUUGACACCGUUCCUGAGUCUGACUCGGAGCGCGAGUCUUUGACCCUGAGCAUCAGUGGCCGUCCGAAGCCUCCUGGUCGACGACGACGAGCCAACACGGUCCAUUCAGACGGUGUCCUGACCUUCGAUCAGCAUGGCAACCACAAGCCUGCCCACCGAAGCAACCGGGUUUCACAAAAAUGUGGCCCAUAUCAGCUUAACAGGGUGAACUCGGCUCACAGCACUGGCAGCUUGGGCGCCGACAGCAUGCUGCAGAAGAGCACACGGGAACCUCCCAGCAGCCGAGCACGCGCCGCUACCAAUCGAGAGCGUCGAGUCAAGUCAGAAACCGCAUCGCCCCUGAUGAGCGGUGCAAGCAGCUUCCAGAACCUCAAUGGCAACCUGCCUCCUCUGGAUCUUUCAGGCAUUGAGUACCCUCCUUAUAUGGCUAACAAAACAGAUGCGCCCAUGUACAGCGCUGGCCUCAGUGCUGCUUCAGUCGACUGGAGCCACUAUGAUCUUUCAGAGAUGAAGGGCGAAAGCUUUACGCCUUCCAGUUAUAGCCAGGCCGGCACUCAGAGCUUCAAUGGUCUAUUCGAUUUCGGUAGCGGUUCAGAGCAUCUUCCUCACCUGGCCAACACUACAUCAACCUCGGGAGAGGUUUCCGAAGUGGAGGAUCUUCUUCCCGGGGGAGACGGCGACUAUGACGGCCUGGAAGGAUUCAGCCGCGCCGAUAGCUUCAUCCGACAGAACGGUAACGUGAUGACCAACUCGACCGACCUCACUACCAUCGACUACGACAGCUUCUAUAAGGGAGCAGACAGUGGCCCUAUGGCCGGAGCGGGCCUAUCCAUGGUUGAGGACGACCCUGCUUUCUGGAUGCCCAACUAUAACGAGGGCAUCACUACAAUGGACGAAAGCCCCGAUCCUCUUGGCCCUGCUUCAGUGCCUAGCUUCUGGGAGCCAAUUUACGCUCACAACCACCCGCAAACCGAUCGCAUCUGCCCGAUGCCUGGGUUUCUUGCCGUGAUGAUUACGACAGACAACAUUCUCAUCCAUGAAGUAGAUGGUUUGGGAAUAUUGAUGAGCAUGAGUUUUCCUACUAUCGACUGGGAGGAAUGGAAAGGAUAG